AUGCUUUCCUUAUUAUUACCAUCAAUAAGCAACACGGACGAGAAACAAAGCGUAUAUAUGAAUUAUGGAUAUAAAUUUGAAACUGUUUUAGACACAUUGACGUCGAAUAGUGAAAUACACUUAAUAAGAUCAUUAGAAACUGGAGAAGCCUUUAUUUCAAAAGUAUAUGACAUUUAUGGAGCUAGUGAAAAUGACUUAAAUAGAUACAUGAAUGAAUUGCAUAUAAUGCAAAAGUUGGAAAAUUGUGAAAAUAUAGUACAGGUUGUGGACUUUAUUAAACAGAAUGAUUCCCUCUCACUUAUAAUUGAAUUUUGUAGUCAAGGUGACUUAUAUACUCAUAUUUCAAGAAGAAAGAUGAACAAUGAAAUGUACACUGAGAGUGAAAUUUUUAACAUUUUUAAUCAAAUAUUGAAUGGAUUAAAUUCAAUUCAUAAAAAUGGAAUAACCCAUGGUGAUUUAAAAAGCACAAAUAUUUUUAUUAAGGAUGAUAAGAUUAAAAUAGGAGAUUUUGGUAUAUCACAAAAAGGGUCAAAUAAUAACUUAGGGACUUUAAACUUUUUAAAUAAAAAUUAUAAAAACUAUAUUGUUAAGGACAUUUCAAAUAUUUACUCAGAUAAGCUAGUUAACAUCAUUUCGAAGCUCUUAUCCUUGAACACUUUAGAGCGAUUGGAAGCGAUCACCAACUACAAUCUUAGUAGAACAGAAAGUAUAAAUUUAGAAGUUUCAAAUAAUGCUAAUUAUGUUAUUGCGUAA